UUUUCUUCCGGACACUGUUUAAGGAAACUCUCAAAUUGUUCGACCAGUGCUGCUAUCUGUCAGAGAAGUUAGAACCCCGGUUAAGAUGGCAGCCCACCUGGUUCCUCGUUCAGCCAGGUUUGGUGUCUUCAGCUUCAGGCCCAGUUUAUUAAGUACAACAUGGGUACGGCAAUUGCAUGGGAAUCCUGCAGUUGAUCUUAACAGCUCCAUUAGCAUCAGACAGAAGAGCACUGCUGUUGCUGCGAGGCAAUCUUCUGUUCCCAGCAGCAAAGGAGAAUAUGUUGUCACUAAAUUAGAUGAACUUAUCAACUGGGUUCGAAGGAGCUCUCUGUGGCCAAUGACCUUUGGCCUAGCAUGUUGUGCUGUAGAAAUGAUGCACAUGGCAGCUCCACGGUAUGAUAUGGACAGGUUUGGUGUUGUAUUCCGUGCCAGUCCACGCCAAGCUGAUGUCAUGAUUGUAGCCGGCACUCUCACCAACAAAAUGGCUCCAGCUCUUCGUAAGGUAUAUGAUCAAAUGCCUGAACCUCGGUAUGUCAUCUCAAUGGGCAGCUGUGCUAAUGGGGGUGGCUACUACCAUUAUUCUUACUCGGUGGUGAGAGGAUGCGACAGGAUUGUACCAGUUGACAUCUAUGUUCCUGGCUGCCCACCUACAGCUGAGGCCCUUCUGUAUGGAGUCCUGCAACUUCAGAGGAAAAUAAAACGAGAGAAGAGGUUAAGGAUUUGGUACAGAAAAUGAGUGGCCAGUCACUUGAUAUUACUACUAUUAUUUAUGAUUUGUUCAUAUCAUUGACAGUUUCUCUCUACAGGAACGUUUAUAGUUUGAUUAACAAGUGUUCUGUACCAGUUUGCUUAAUAAAAUAUUUUGUUACACAGUA